AGCGAGCUACUGUAUUGGAGCGCUUUGAUUCCUCGGGAGGCUAUACACCUGCGUCGGGCCGGUUUAAGGAAUAGGUAAUUGACUACAGUCUGUUCUCACAAAGAUCGACAACAGCUGAGCGUGAGUUCCUCAACAACGAAGAGGAUGCUGUAACCUAGUUCCCUUCUCCGUCAAAGGAAGGAAGUGCUCUGAACUCACCCUGUACACAAUGAGCAUUCCCUGUUGCUUUUGUCACAGAAACUCGAACAAGAAACAAAGGCAGAGACACAUUGAAAACAGAAAGAGAAGAUCAUUGUUAUAGCUAUUUACAAGAUAAUCUGAGAUGGCUGUAGAUCAGUUUCCUAGUAAAACCACUGAGCAGUUUGGAGAUUUUGAGGAGUGGUCCAACGCCACCUCAUCAGAUGGUUGCCUUGGCGACUGGAGUGAUUUUCAUGACAGUAAAACCUGGGAAGGAGACCGACCUGCUUCACCUGUUUCUGCUCAGGAGCGCUCCUCAAAGUCCAUUGAGGCUGUGCAGAGUUGCGAAGCCCCGGAUCCAUGGAGAGUUUUCAGCGAGUGCUUCCCGGACGAGGGUACGCUAAUAACUGAUCCUGGCGACCUUGAGACGCCAACCCUGUCGGAGCUGCUUAGGAGCCCCUCACGCACACAGUCGCAGUCAGGGGGCACUAGCAGUGGGGUGACGAGUGUGUGUGGUCGUCUGCUGUGUGAGGAGAGCUCGGUGAGGCGGUCGGCACCCAGGCCCAGCACACACUCCCUCUCCCAGCUCCUCAGCACACUUCCUCUGGUGGAUCCACACACACACAACACAGAGGAUAUGGCCCUGCCAGACAUGGAAUUAGAAAAAACUGAAGACCAAAGCCCGCCAUCUGCCCUCAUACAGACUAAGCUGUUGGCUCCAUCCUGCUUCCCCCAGACCCCCCCGUUCAUGUACCAGGUGUCCCUGCGCUGGAUCAGGCAGUGCAACAUCCAACUGCAGGCCCACAAGCAGGGCAAAUGACCGCUGCCAUGGCGCCCUCAACAGGCAUAUCCAACAAUAGACACACAGGCAUCAACAUGGCAAAUGACUGUUGUAAUGAUGCCCUCAACCGGCAUAUCCAACAACAGACAAACUCCCAUCAACAUGGCUGAAGACCUCCUGCAGUGAUGCCACCAACAGGCAAACUCCCAUCAACGUGGCAAAGGCCUGCGAUGAGAUCCUCAACAGGCAUGCCAACCUGGCAAAGACAUUCAUUCAAGUAUGCUCAAGUUCUCAGGCCCUGUACCAGAACGCAGGUGUUGGCCAGGCCAUGGAAGAGUUCAAAUAGAGAUAUGUAACAUAUAUAACAUAUUCAACAGCGUCUAAUUUCACAUUUUCUUUGCUCUGUGGUGAAGUGUGCCAUGAGGAGGGCGCUAUCGCCCAGAUGUUUACUCUGCUGCCUUAUCUCACUUACUGCGCACUCCUGUCCACCAAACACUGAAAAACAUACUCCAAUGGCAUACACACGCACACACACACACACACACACACACACAUUCAUACCCAUUCAGCUAUGCACUCUUUUAACCAAAGAGGUGCCAAUCCUUUGCUCUGGAUAUUCAACUGGACUGUUCAAAAUGCUAGUGUCCUUCAACAGUGCUAGCUAAUCUCUGGCCCGGUCAUCCCUCAAUGACUUUUAGCAUUUACGCUUGAUCUCCGCAUCUGAUCGUUUGCACACCAAAUCUGAUCACAGAUGCUGCCAUUGUGGAUGUAGAUCGACUCAGUUACACCCUGCAAAACCAAACAGUGAUUUGAAACGCUAAUUUUGACAACAGGCCCCAGUCGUGGCGCGACUGACUGGGGCACCUGCACCGCACGCAAAAAAAAAAUAAAAAAUUGACACCACAGAUGAAUGAAGUCAGCUCUUAGGCAGAGCCACUCCCAGAGAAGAAGUCAGUUUAUGAGUUAUGAGUACACUAGUAACACGGGGCACUUUUUAGUUAUUGUUUAACUAGUUUAUUUAGUCAAGUUAUUGUUUGGCAGUUGGGUCUGUUGUCGUGAAGACACCACCUGAUUAGCAGAACUGCUCAAGGACAUGGGCUGCGUAGCUUGCUUUCCAAAACUCAAAGGAAGACGUUUGGGGGACCGGCGGAGAGAG